AUGGGAGACUUCAAUGCCAGUUUGGGCAAAGGCUUCAUUUUGGUGGGCUUCUCUGACUGGCCUCAACUGGAACUCAUUCUUUUUAUCUACGUUUUGAUUUUCUACUCCUUAACUCUCUUUGGCAACACCACCAUCAUUGCCUUGUCACACGUGGACCUCCGAUUGCACACUCCCAUGUACUUUUUCCUCUCCCACCUCUCCUUCCUGGACCUCUGCUACACUACCAGCACUGUACCCCAGCUCCUGAUCAAUAUUGAGGGACACGACCACACCAUCACAUACGGAAGGUGUGUGGCUCAGCUCUUCAGUGUCCUUGCCCUGGGCUCCACGGAAAGUAUGCUUCUCGUGGUGAUGGCCUUUGACCGCUACGCUGCCGUGUGCCGUCCGCUCCUGUACACCACCAUUAUGCAUCCACUUCUGUGCCAGGCGCUGGCCAUCUCAUCAUGGGUAGCGGGCCUUGUCAACUCUCUGAUUCAGACAGGCCUCAUGAUGGCCAUGCCUCUCUGUGGCUAUCGACUGAAUCACUUCUUCUGUGAGAUGCCCGUGUUCCUCAAGUUGGCUUGCAAGAACACAGCUGGAACAGAGGCCAAGAUGUUUGUGGCCAGAGCCAUAAUCUUGGUUUUCCCCGCCACACUGAUUCUAGGAUCUUAUGCACACAUUGCUAGGGCUGUGUUAAAAGUCAAGUCAAUAUCUGGCCGCAGAAAAGCUUUUGGGACUUGUGGGUCCCACCUCCUGGUGGUUUCUAUGUUUUAUGGCUCAACCAUCUAUACAUACUUGCAACCAAAUGACAGUUAUUCUGAGAACGAGGGCAAGUUUGUUGCCCUUUUUUAUACCAUAGUCACUCCCAUGCUCAACCCUCUGAUUUACACCCUGAGGAACAAGGAUGUGAAGGGGGCUCUGUGGAAGGUGCUCGGGAGAGGCACAGAAUCAAGGUAG